ACCUCUGUAAGAGAAACGUGUGUGGUUUCGUUCAGCCACUUUUGCAGACAAGCUUUCGUUGUUCUGCCAACGCCAUCUAAACAAAACAUUUAGCAGACAUCUAUCUAGGUAAUCAUUAGGCUAGGCAAACCAUUGACUUGCGAAAAUCGCUAGAGCAAAAGACAAUCUUAGUUUCUAAGCUCAAUGUCUCAAACGGCGGUUUCAGCGGAAAAUGUGGCCUCCCCAGUGCACAGUGCCAAGCAACGGGCACUUGAAGAUUAUAAGCGAAAGGUGCUGGAGCAUCGGGAGGUAGAGUCAUCCCUGAAGGACAUGCGAGAGCAGCUCAAGGAGUUGACAAAACAAUACGACAAAUCAGAGAACGACUUAAAGGCAUUGCAGUCCGUUGGACAAAUUGUUGGUGAGGUAUUGAAACAAUUGACAGAGGAUAAAUUUAUCGUGAAAGCAACCAAUGGGCCUCGCUAUGUGGUUGGCUGUCGGCGUCAGCUUAACAAAGAAAAACUCAAGGCUGGGACCCGAGUCGCUCUCGAUAUGACAACACUCACAAUUAUGAGGUACCUUCCCCGUGAAGUCGAUCCGUUGGUCUACAAUAUGUCACAUGAAGAUCCGGGCAAUGUUUCGUAUUCGAACAUUGGCGGUCUCCAAGAACAGAUUCGCGAAUUGCGUGAAGUAAUUGAGUUACCACUACUCAAUCCCGAGCUCUUCCAGCGAGUCGGUAUCACUCCACCGAAAGGUUGUUUGCUGUACGGACCUCCAGGGACCGGUAAGACGCUGUUGGCGCGCGCUGUAGCUUCGCAGAUGGAUGCCAACUUUCUGAAAGUCGUGUCCUCGGCUAUUGUCGAUAAAUACAUUGGCGAGUCAGCGCGAUUAAUUCGUGAAAUGUUCAACUAUGCUCGCGAUCAUCAGCCCUGUAUUAUCUUCAUGGAUGAAAUUGAUGCUAUUGGUGGACGUCGUUUUAGCGAAGGCACGUCAGCUGAUCGUGAGAUUCAACGCACACUUAUGGAGCUCCUUAACCAAAUGGACGGAUUCGACGCUCUUGGUCAAGUUAAAAUUAUCAUGGCAACAAACCGACCUGACACAUUGGACCCGGCCCUAUUAAGGCCAGGUCGUCUGGACCGCAAGAUUGAAAUUCCGCUCCCAAACGAGCAGGCCCGUCUUGACAUCCUCAAGAUUCACGCCCGCAAAAUCACGAAGCACGGAGACAUUGACUGGGAGGCUGUUGUCAAACUCUCCGAUGGUUUCAAUGGAGCUGAUUUAAGAAACAUCUGUACUGAGGCUGGCAUGUUCGCCAUCAGGGCCGACCGCGAGUAUGUGAUUGAGGAGGAUUUCAUGAAAGCUGUACGGAAAGUUGCCGAUGUCAAGAAGCUCGAAACCAAGCUUGACUACAAGCCUGUGUAAGCGGAUUCGUUGAUUUCGCUGAGUCGUGUGCACUGCAAAGCACGUAUGACAUAUAGAAAGCGGCAGUUUUACAACGUUUGUGAAAGUGCUGAAUAGACAUAAAACUGAAAUAAAGAUAACUAUAUUGACAUAUUAGGUUGAUUAAACUUGCUCUUAAACAAGUAA